AUGCUAAACAGCAACCCUCUGGAACUUAUUUACAGCAAUGAGGAUCCGGCUACAUAUUUGCACUACAAUGGAUCCAGAACAACUCCUGAUUUACUCUUGGCUUCAAGCGACAUCAGUGAGCAUACACACCGCAAAAUAAUUGACGAUCCUAGUUCUGGUCACAAACCAGUCAUUGCUAGUAUUACCUUCGGCAGCAAAAGCAUGUCAAGGAAAGUGCCAACUAAGCUAUCAUGGAACUUCAAGAAGGCUGACUGGCCUAGAUUCACUAACCUUUUAGAGGAUGAACUUCAUUCAAGUCCCCUCAACUUCAACCAACAUCCUGACAAACUUUGCACUGCUAUCACGAAUAUUAUGAUCAGAUGUGCAAAGAAAACUAUUCCNCAGACAGUCACGGACAUCAAGUGCUUACUUAAUGCAGAUGAUCUUGUUCUAUGUUAUUCCGCACCUAAGAAAAACGCUCAGGAGAGGCAGAAAGCGCCUUAA